AUGGGCACUACUUCCUCUGAGCGUGCGUCUGAAACUGCCGUGGCUACUACUGCUGGCGCAUCUGAUUUUGUUUCCACUAAAACGUAUGCCUCAACUCAUGCCUCUGUUACAUUUGGUGCUGCUUCCAGCUCUCAGUCGACUACCUUCCGUCUGCGCGCCCAACCGGUGGUCACACUAUCCCCACUGGUGGUGUAG